GUGUUGUUUUGUUUACGUGCCACCAGCGGGCUACUCGAAAACACGCUGCUCACUGAAUUUACGUUUUUGGAGGGGGGGGGGGGGGGGGGCGCGGGUUUUUUUUCACAACCCUGUUAUUCGGUACCUAUUGAUCACCGAGUGUUUUGCUUUGACUGGAUUGGAACUAUUGUCCGCUACGUCGCGGAGCAGUCUUUUGUGUCAAAUAUGGGGCGUCUGUUCCAAAUAGCUUCGUAACCUCUGCGGCCAAAACGCCUCCCGAUCGACAGUUUACGUCCGUUGAUUUCCGCUGCGGGUUAUUUGUCCAGAUUACAAUGACGAUGAAGCAGGACGGCGACGCCGCUAGUGUGCCUGCGUGCUUCAUCUCAAACCACGAGGGGUUUCUUGGCAACAUUAAAAAGUUCAUCCGAGACUUUGUGGUGACGGAAAUAGACGCCGAUGGACGGCAGGUGACUACAGGAGCGGCCACGCACGCUCCUCGGUCCACGGACAAGAGCGGCGGGAGGCGGGAUCGGAACCGCCAGGGUUCGGAGGAAGGCGAUUUCGCAGCCGACUGCAGGUUCGAUUUGACCGUAUCGAGCCCCGACGGCUUAGACCUGAGCAUGGUCUUGGGUCAGGGGGUGAGCGAACAGCUGGAGCAGUUUGUGGUGAGUCUCCGAGACGAGGCGGAGGAAGGUGAAGAGUCGGGCCGCAAGGAGCUCUCCCUCGGAUCCUUCACCGACAAGUACCAGCGAGCCAACGUCCACCGGGCCGUCCGACACCGCUUCCCCUUCCUGAUGACCGUCACCAUCCAGCCCGAGAUCAGGGUGAGGGAGGACCCGGACUACAGGGAGCUUUCCCAGCUGGUCACCGAGGAGGAGGCCGAAGACUUCUUCCGGUUCAUGGACGCCAAAGUGCAGGACUCGUCCUACACGUUUCACCCCGACGACAACAAGGAGCACCGCACGGCCGUGCACCACUUCCUCAACCGCCGCUUUGGGAAGCUGGUGGAGACCAAGAGCUUCAACCAACAGGAGAGGACAGCCAUCUCGGUGCGACUCCGGGAGCGCGGCAGACCCAAGAAGAGGAGCGCCGAGGAGCGCAGGGAGGAGGACGUCUACACGGGUGAGCCGACGCCGCAAAAACCCGUUUGCUCCGCUUCCUCACCGGGGGUCUUUCUUCCAGCGUUCACUCUGUGUAAGGAAAACCUGGAGACUCUGGAGGCCAUCAGUUACAUGGCGGCGACACUCGGCGUCCUGCCGUCAGACUUCACCUACGCCGGCAUCAAGGACAAGCGAGCGCUCACCUACCAAUCCAUGGUGGUCAAGAAGGUCUCGCCUCAACGGUUGAUGGAAAAGCGCGGGGAGUUGGAGAAGCGAGGGAUGCGUCUCUCACACAUCCGCCCGGCGGCCGAGCCGCUGAAGCUGGGACGACUGCGGGGGAACCACUUUGACCUGGUGGUGCGCGAUCUGAAGUCGCACGGCGGCGGCGAGGUGCACUCCGGCGCCGAGACGCGACGUCGCCUUGCCGGCCUGGUGGAGGAAGCGCUGCAGAAUGUUCAGGUCCGAGGUUUUGUCAACUACUACGGGCCGCAGAGGUUCGGAACGGGCCAAAGCGUUCGGUCCGACUUGGUGGGACUGGCUUUACUCAAAGAAGACAUGGUGAACGCCGUCCGUUUGUUCUUCAGUCCCGAGGACGGCGAUGAUCCUCCCAGCCAAGCCAAGAGACACUUCCUCCAGACUGAUAACGCGAAGGAGUCCUUGGCAUUAAUGCCCGCUUCCAAAGCCAGGGAGCGGCUCAUGCUCCGCGCCCUCAACCGCUACGGCACCGGCCCGGAGGGCUGCGCCAAAGCCUGGCUCAGCCUGCCGCACGGCAUGAGAGUUUUCUAUCCGCACGCCUACUGCAGCAGAGUUUGGAACGAGGCGGUGGCGCACAGGUUGGCGACACUGGGUCACCAGGUCCGAACGGGGGACCUGGUGUGGACGCAGCAAGAAGCGGAGCAAACGGACGACUGCGAGGCGGCUCGGAUCCACGUGGUGACGCAAGCAGAAGAGCGACGGGGAGCCUACGCCCUGGCUCAGGUGCUGCUGCCCAUGCCGGGAAACACGGUCAGGUACCCCGAGAACGCCAUGGGCGCCUGGUACCGGGAGAGGCUCGCCACGGACGGCCUGGACAACUGCCGCUUCCGAGUGGGCGGCCUCAAGCUGAACCUGCCGGGCUGCUACCGCCCCCUAUUGGCCAACCUGUGCAACCUCAGCUACCGGCUCCAGACCUGCGAGGAAGGGGCGGGGGGAAACGGCGGCGGGAAUAGCAAAGGACACUUCAAGGCGACGACGGGGGACGCCGAGCGCCAUGAAUCGCUCACGCUCACCUUGAACUUUGACCUGGACUCCUCAUGCUACGCCACCAUCUGCCUCCGAGAGAUCAUGAAGUGCGAUCUCUAGAUGUGUUUGCGCGCCGAACCCCCUCCGACUCGUCGGUGCGUCUCUUCCGGUUAGCGGUGUGCGUAGCUUGUCUUUGUAUUUUGUGGGGUCGAUGAGAAAUAGACUGCAGACAGUAAAACAUUCGUCAGUCCUGGAUAAAGAAAUAGACUUUAGGUUUUUUUUUUUGACAGCAUAUUUUUAUCGGCUCGUUUGAGUCGCGCAUGCUGCUGAGACGUUGGAAAAUCGGGCGCGCGUAAUUAAAAAAACACAAGUGA